AUGCUCAAAUCUCUCAUUUUCUCCACAAUUGCCUUAUUGGCUGUGUGCCAAGCUUUGCAGACAUGUGAGGAGUGCCUGAAUUCUGGAAAUCAUUAUUGUGCCGAUACAAAAAUGUGUAAUAGUCCGGUGUGUUUGAACUCGAUUACGCAUAUUCUCAAUUGCCCAAGAGCUCCAAAUGUUACUUAUGAUGAUAACGAAGCUCGUACCAAGUGGCUCCCACUGUUCGGAGCAAGCGCUACCAGUGCUCAGAUGGCUCAGAAGUGUUUCGACAACAAUUGGCCUACGAUGAAACUUUCCAAACGGAUUCUUGUCAACUGCAGUGACCCGAGUCCAAUUCUUCCAUUAACCCAGUGCGCCAUGAUCACGGCCGUGGACACCACCCAAAAAGUGCUGGUCAUGUCUUUCCGUGCCACUAACACAGGAACACAGUUGGAAGAGGAAUUCCUUAAUUAUUUCGUGGCGAAGAAGGCAUUCUUCGACAGUGGAUACAUUUUCGAGUUCUUCUAUGAUGCGUACUUGGCUCUUUGGAAGGGAGGAUUGGAGGCUGAGAUGAGAAAUCUGAAGUACAGGUAUCCAGAUUAUGAAGUUUGGGUCACCGGUCACUCCCUGGGAGCUGCGUUGGCCUCUGUCGGAGCAUCUUGGGUUGUCAAAACCGGACUUUUCAAGCCAGAACAAAUGAAACUUCUGACUGCUGGACAGCCAAGAACCGGAGAUUACGCCUACUCGAACUGGCAUCAAAAUACGUUUGCCUACUCAUUCCGCAUUGUCCAUGCUCACGAUAUGGUGCCACAUUUGCCAUUCCAAUAUGAAUUGGUGGAUCACGACAAGAUGUACCAUCAUAGAACUGAGAUUUGGUACAACAAUGACAUGUCUAUUGGCUCAAGCUACCACGUUUGCCAAGAAGCCGAUGGUUUCUAUUGCUCCAAUCAAAAUGCUGACUUGAGCUGGAAUGACCAUACCCAUUACUAUAAUACCGAUUUGGAUGGUUAUGGAGACAAAGGGUGCCCGAAGGCGAACUGAGCAAUUUCAAGUUAUAACUAUUUUAUAAUUCUAAUUAAAAUCAUUCUUAUUAAUAUGCAUGCUCAAAUUAGUCAACAUCAAUGCAAAACAAAUAUGUCGUACAUACUUCUUAUUGCUUCAAAAUCUCAUUCUGAAGACAUUAUCCUCAAUACCAUCCUUAAAAAAGCUUGAGCACCUGUAAAUUAGCUUGAGCACAGUAGCUUGAGCAUCUGCAACAAAAAAAAGAAAAGACUACCUUUUCAAAUAAACACAGGUAU